AUGUCGCUGGAUGGAGGGCACGCUGGAUGGAGGGCACGCUGCAUCAUCCAGGCACACAAUGAAUUUGUAAACAAAGACUUGGUGUCAGGAUCACACAAAUUACAAGGCAGAAUGCCUCCCACAUGGUUACAUGAACCUGAAGAUAUUAAUGUACUUAUGGGUGAUACUUUAUUAAUACCCUGUGCUGCUGAUGGGUCACCAAAGCCAGUAAUAUUAUGGAGAAAAGAAUCAGAUAACUCAGAGUCUUCAUCCCAGAAUCACAUUUUUCAGGCAGCAAAUUAUAAAGUUCUCAAUAAUGGCAGCCUUUGGAUUGAGAAUGUUUUACCAGAAGACAAGGGUUAUUAUUCAUGUGAGGCAAAAAAUGAAAUUGGAAUGGCACUCAAUAAAAUUAUUUAUGUUACUGUGCAUGUUCCUGCAAGAUUUUCCACAUCUCUUCAGAAUGUGACUGUUGCUAAAGGUGGGACAGCUGCAAUUGAUUGUGUGGCAAGAGGUGACAAGCCCAUAACAGUAAAAUGGUUUCACGGUGGGGAUCUGUUUGAGGCACAUAACCAUCCAAGGGCUGAUGUCAGUGAAGAAAGCUUGGAGUUCGGUAUUCACUCGAGAAUAACACUGAAAAAUGUUCUUCGAAAUGAUACUUCAGCAUUCUUGUGUCAUGCAGAUAACCAAUAUGGGAAUGAUCAAUCAGAGAUCUGGGUCAUUGUUCAAGAAGUUCCUGAGCCACCUGGAAAUCUUCAUGUACUCAACUUUAGUAGCAGAGCUGUAAAUCUCACAUGGGAACAACCUUACAGUGGCAACAGUCAAAUCACUGUAUAUACUAUUCAGCAUAAGCACAAAUUAGUGGCAUGGGAGAAGAAUGUUUCUCAGAUGACUGUUCCGGGUGAUCAGACUUUUGCGAGUAUCACUGGACUGCAGCCAGCUAAUAGCUACCAUUUUAGAGUUACAGCAAGAAACAGUCUUGGAUCUUCAAAUGCUAGUGAUACCAUCACAGUAACCACUGCAGAAGAAGCUCCUGGAGAAGCACCACAAGAAAUAAGAGUCAGGGCUGUCAGCUCAGAAAGUCUUCAUGUAAGCUGGAAGCCACCACGUGAUCAAUAUCAGCAUGGAGAAAUAAUUGGUUACUACAUUGGUUACCGAACAAGUAACUCAUCUGAACCAUUCCAUUAUAAAACAUAUGAAGUUCUCCCAGGUGCCGAGCUGAGAAUCCUCCUUACAGGUCUUCAGAAAUUUACAGAGUAUGUCAUAUUUGUUCAAGCAUACAACAGUGCAGGUGCAGGGCCUCAGAGCUUAGGAGUCUCAGUUUUUACUGAAGAAGAUGGUAAUUCCAUAAUUUAA